CAGUUUUCUAAAGUGAGAAGUGCGAAGAGGAGAAAAUCUCGGAUCUUUCUGUCCUGAAUGUACUCAGCGGAGCACGUCGUGGGAUUCUGUCAGCCCACGUUCACUCACUGCAUCCUCCGUCAUCAAUUCAGCGUUCACGCCUCCUGCGCUCUUCUUGACGGCACACAGCUCUUCAGUGUCGGCCUGUGAUCCUCACGAUGAAGAACGAAUCGCCUCCCAGCGUCGCCUCUUCUCCAUUCGACGACCCCAAUGACGCUGACAUCACACUGCGCAGCGCCGAUGGCGUCGAUUUCCACGUCUACCGCGCCAUCCUCGGCGCUGCCUCCCCCAUCUUCAAGCAGAUGUGGACUCUCCCGCAAGCAACCAAAGACCACCCUCAGAUCGACGACGCCACCCUCGUAUCCGAGGACAGCACCACGCUGGACCGCCUGCUACGGUUCAUAUACCCCACACGUGACCCAGACUUGGAGUCGGACCUGCAGUCGGUGGGCGCGGUGCUCAAGGCUGCCGCCAAGUACGACAUUGAGUACCUCGAGGAGCGGCUCAGGAAGACGCUCUCGGCGUUCGAUGAUCCGCUGCGCGUGUACGCGAUCGCCACAAGCGCCCAUCUGGGAUACGAGCAGGAGGCAUUGCAGGCGGUCGUGGAAUGGUGCGAGUCCGAUGAGCUCUCAUUGAGCAGCUACGUGCCGGAGAUGGAUGACAUCUCCGCGGGUGUCUACUUUCGCGCUCUGCAGUUCUAUGCUAGACACCAGAACCGAGACAAGCGGGAUUGCAGUCUGCCGGGAAAGUAUACCUUUUGCUAUCCCGAACCCAGUUGCGCUCAUAGCCACCCUGAGAAGGAGCAGCUCGUCAUACCUUCUCCCUUCGAUCAACCAUCACCUCUGACGGACAUCAUCGUUCAUUCUUCUGAUGACCACCAUUUCUAUGCCAACAAGGCCAUUCUCACGUACGCAUCCAGUGUGCUCGCGGACAAGAUAGAGGAUGCGAUGAAGAGCGGUCCGAAGUCGGAGGACGAGAACUGCGCGCUCCACCUAAACCUGAGUGGCAGGACGCUGCUCCAUCUCCUGCAACUCUGCCACCCCGCCGGUGCUGCUCCCUCGCUGGACGACUGGGACGAGCUCACCACCGUCAUCGACGCCGCCGCUUCGUACAAGAUGACUCGCGCAUUGGAAUACGCGAAGAGCAAGUGGGCCGAGCGCAUCGCAGCCCGCCCGAUGCAGUCCUACCUUUUUGCGAUGCAGCGUGGGUGGACCGCGGAUGCGACCACUGCAGCUCGGUACGCGAUGCUCCUGUCGUCCGACGACUACAUCCCCGAGAUGGAGCGCGUCUCCGCCAGCGUCUAUCGCCGGUUCUUGGAAUAUCGCCAGAAGUGGCGGGAAGCGGUCGUCAAGGCUAGUCAUGUCAAAUUCAUGACCACACUAGGGACAGAAGAGCGGCGGUAUGGCUCGAUUUACUGGAGUGAUGAGGAUGUCCGGGAGUGGCUGGAGUAUCAGUGGCAUGCUGUGUCCUUGCUUUGUGGGGCGGGCCUCUUGUGCGCGGACACGGGCCGGACGCAGGGCGGAGAUGGUGUGCAGAAGAGGAUCGAGGGGUUGCUGUUCUCUGCCGGUCAUGCCUGGAUGGGCUCAAUGGCGAGCGGCGCUCCUCAGAAUAUGGAAAAUGUUAUGGUGAAGGUAUUCCAGAGGAUCCUGAAAGUGGCUUCUGAGAUCGAGCUGUAGCUCAAGGAGAUGUUGACGACAGAAUUGACCGAAGAGGCUUCGACGUCGUGAUGUGAAGAGGCAAGUGGUCUCGAGUAUCUAGCUUUCUUCCCAUUUUCCCUUUCGUGCGCCCCUUCUUCAUAUGUACUCUUACCUCCUUUCCCACUGUACAACAGAGACGUAGCGGAUCUGCAGACAUGACGAGUUCAUUUCCUGGUGUCGCAGUAAAACUUGACUAUGAUAGUGCUUACCUGAC